GGGUUUUAAGUGUUAUUGACAUGGCAACCCGACUUGAAAGCGCGCUGUCUGUAUAGUAGGCUGCUGUUCACGGGAGCACGGAUGAAACUACGGACGGAGCAGAGAGCACAAGACUCAACGUUGAACUGAUUUGAUAAGUGUUAGAUACUAAAUUAGUGUGUAGCAAUAGCUAGUUUUUCAAUCCUUUGAUAAGUAAACGCUAGUCUUGGACAUCCACAUCGUUCGCAUUCAUUGAUGAACACAAGACUUGACUUCACCCCCUCUCUUAUGAAUAUUGAAUUCGCGGUAUGAAUUGUUUGCAUCUGAUAGUUUGAUGGGGCUUUUAAGGAUUAUGAUGCCGCCCAAGUUACAGCUUUUGUCUAUUUUGGCUUUUGGAGUGUCGAUGCUCUUCAUUGAAAACCAAAUCCAGAAACUGGAGGAGUCGCGGGCAAAACUGGAACGUACCAUCGCCAGACACGAGGUGAGGGAGGUAGAGCAGCGCCACACCCAAGAUGGCGUACGGGACACGCCGCCGCUGGCUGAGGCAGAAGACGUGGUUAUCAUAUAUAAUAGAGUGCCCAAGACGGCGAGCACGUCGUUCACCAACAUCGCCUACGACCUUUGUGGAAAGAACCACUUCCACGUUUUGCACAUCAACACCACCAAGAACAAUCCUGUCAUGUCCUUACAAGACCAGGUGCGCUUUGUCCAUAACGUGACGUCUUGGAGAGAGAUGAAGCCCGGGUUCUACCACGGACAUGUGGCUUUCCUGGACUUCUCCAAGUAUGGGGUGAGAGGUAAACCCGUUUACAUCAACGUGGUCCGGGACCCAAUCCAACGCCUCGUAUCAUACUACUACUUCCUGAGGUUUGGAGACGACUACAGGCCCGGCCUUCGACGGAGAAAACAAGGCGACAAAAAGACUUUUGAUGAGUGUGUGUCAGCAGGUGGUUCUGACUGUGCCUCUGAGAAGCUUUGGCUCCAGAUCCCAUUCUUCUGCGGACACUACUCAGAGUGCUGGAACGUGGGCAGCAGGUGGGCGCUGGAUCAGGCCAAGUAUAACCUGCUGAAUGAAUAUCUACUAGUAGGGGUGACAGAGGAGCUGGAGGACUUUAUCAUGAUGCUGGAGGCAGCUCUGCCACGCUUCUUCAAGGGUGCCACUGGCCUCUACAAAACAGGUAAGAAGUCCCACCUGCGUAAGACCACAGAGAAGAAGCCACCCACCAAGGAGUCCAUAGCCAAGCUGCAGCAGUCCGACAUAUGGAAGAUGGAGAAUGAGUUCUAUGAGUUUGCCCUGGAGCAGUUCCAGUUUAUCAGAGCCCACGCCGUCCGGGAGAAGGACGGGGAACUCUACCUGCUAGCCCAGAACUUCUUCUACGAGAAAAUCUACCCCAAAGUGAACUAGGGUGGAACUGGGUUAACAUCAGACCAUGGGGGAUGUUGAUGAGGUCUGGGCUAACAUCAGGCCAGGGGGAUGUUGAUGAGGUCUGGGCUAACAUCAGGCCAGGGGGAUGUUGAUGAGGUCUGGGUUAACAUCAGGCCACGGGGAUGUUGAUGAGGUCUGGGCUAACAUCAGACCAUGGGGAUGUUGAUGAGGUCUGGGUUAACAGCAGGCCAUGGGGGAUGUUGAUGAGGUUUGUGCUAACAAGCAGGCCAGUGGGAUGUUGAUGAGGUCUGGGUUAAUAUCAGACCAUGGGGGAUGUUGAUGAGGUCUGGGUUAACAGCAGGCCACGGGGAUGUUGAUGAGGUCUGUGCUAACAUCAGACCAUGGGGGAUUUUGAUGAGGUCUGGGUUAACAGCAGGCCACGGGGAUGUUGAUGAGGUCUGUGCUAACAUCAGACCAUGGGGGAUGUUGAUGAGGUCUGUGCUAACAUCAGACCAUGGGGGAUGUUGAUGAGGUCUGGGUUAACAGCAGGCCACGGGGAUGUUGAUGAGGUCUGUGCUAACAUCAGACCAUGGGGGAUGUUGAUGAGGUCUGGGCUAACAGCAGGCCAAUGGGAUGUUGAUGAGGUCAUACACUCUACUCUCUGUGUUAGUUCAGACGGCAGAGCCUGACCCUGUUACACACGUUACAGAAUGCCAUCAUAACUGUGUCUGACGUGUGGAUGGGGACCUACUGUGUGGCUGUACUGUAACGGGUCUGGGGAGAAAGGGGGAUAUUGUGCUGGUUUCAUUGGUUCCUUGUUCUUCACUGUAGUUGUUGACUUCUACAAGGUAUUUGAACAGGUCUCAAUCCAACAUGGUGUCCUGUUCUUCUCUGUAGCUGGUCACUUCUACAGGUUAUUUAAGCCAGAUCCAACAUGGUGUCCUGUUCUUCUCUGUAGCUGGUAACUUCUACAGGUUAUUGAAGCCAGAUCCAACAUGGUGUCGUGUACUUCUCUGUAGCUGGUCACUUCUACAGGUUAUUUAAGCCAGAUCCAACAUGGUGUCGUGUACUUCUCUGUAGCUGGUCACUUCUACAGGUUAUUUAAGCCAGAUCCAACAUGGUGUCCUGUGCUUCUCUGUAGCUUGUCACUUCUACAGGUUAUUGAAGCCAGAUCCAACAUUGUGUUCUGUACUUCUCUGUAGCUGGUCACUUCUACAGGUUAUUUAAGCCAGAUCCAACAUGGUGUCCUGUACUUCUCUGUAGCUGGUCACUUCUACAGGUUAUUGAAGCCAGAUCCGGCAUGGCGGAUUCAUCUGGGCCCAUAUAUACACGCAGGUCAGAGGUCAAUAAGCCCCCCCUCCACUGGGGACCUGCCUUGUGGUCUUCAGGCUCCAACUCAAAAUGGCUGCCCAACCACAACCACAUCGGAAGACGCCCAGCAAAAGCUUUUGUCUAUUUUGCGUUUCGUUUUUUUUAUCAAACAACAUAUGAGAAGGUCAAUUAAAAAGAAAACAGAAGUAUGUCCGAAAUUCGGACGUUUGAUCUGUAGUACAUAACUUCAGAUCAAAGUGUCAGAAGGACAGUAGGCUGUGAAAGGGAGGUACUGUACUUACAAGGAGGAAAGGGUGGCUCCAGCUCGGUGUGCUGCCGAGUGGCUCCGGCUCGGUGUGCUGCCGAGUGGCUCCGGCUCGGUGUGCUGCCGAGUGGCUCCGGCUCGGUGUGCUGCUGCUAGCACUGUGUGUGUACAGUCGUGGCCAAAAGUUGAGAAUGACACAAAUAUAAAUUUUCAGUCUGCUGCCUCAGUUUGUAUGAUGGCAAUUUGCAUGUACUCCAGAAUGUUAUGAAGAGUGAUCAGAUGAAUUGCAAUUAAUUGCAAAGUCCCUCUUUGCCAUGCAAAUGAACUGAAUCUCCCAAAAACAUUUCCACUGCAUUUCAGACCUGCCACAAAAGGACCAGGUGACAUCAUGUCAGUGAUUCUCUCGUUAACACAGGUGUGAGUGAUGACGAGGACAAGGCUGGAGAUCACUCUGUCAUGUUGAUUGAGUUCGAAUAACAGACUGCAAGCUUCAAAAGGAGGGUGGUGCUUGGAAUCAUUGUUCUUCCUCUGUCAAUCAUGGUUACCUGCAAGGAAACACGUGCGGUCAUCAUUGCUUUGCACAAAAAGGGCUUCACAGGCAAGGAUAUUGCUGCCAGUAAGAUUGCACCUAAAUCAACCAUUUAUUGGAUCAUCAAGAACUUCAAGGAGAGCAGAUCAAUUGUUGUGAAGAAGGCUUCAGAGCACCCAAGAAAGUCCAGCAAGCGCCAUGAUCGUCUCCUAAAGUUGAUUCAGCUGCGGGAUCAGGGCACCACCAGUACAGAGCUUGCUCAGGAAUGGCAGCAAGCAGGUGUGAGUGCAUCUGCACGCACAGUGAAGCGAAGACUUUUGGAGGGUUGCCUGGUGUCAAGAAGGGCAGCAAAGAAGCCACCUCUCCAGGAAAAACAUCAGGGACAGACUGAUAUUCUGCAAAAGGCACAGGGAUUGGACUGCUUAGGACCUGGGUAAAGUCAUUUUCUCUGAUGAAUCCCCUUUCCGAUUGUUUGGAGCAUCCGGAACAAAGCUUCUCCGGAGAAGACAAGGUGAGCGCUACCAUCAGUCCUGUGUCAUGCCAACAGUAAAGCAUCCUGAGACCAUUCAUGGGUGGGGUUGCUUCUCAGCCAAGGGAGUGGGCUCACUCACAAUUUUGCCUAAGAACACAGCCAUGAAUAAAGAAUGCUACCAACACAUCCUCUGAGAGCAACGUCUCCCAACCAUCCAGGAACAGUUUGGUGAGAAACAAUGCCUUUUAGGGCAUGAUGGAGCUCUUUGCCAUAAGGCAAAAGUGAUAACUAAGUGGCUCGGGGAUUAAAAUAUUGAUAUUUUGGGUCCAUGGCCAGGAAACUCCCCAGAACUUAAUCCCAUUGAGAACUUGUGGUCAAUCCUCAAGAGGCGGGCGGACAAACAAAAACCCACAAAUUCUGACAAACUCCAAGCAUUGAUUAUGCAAGAAUGGGCUGCCAUCAGUCAGGAUGUGGCCCAGAAGUUAAUUGACAGCAUGCCAGGGCGGAUUGCAGAGGUCUUGAAAAAAGAAGGGUCAACACUGCAAAUAUUGACUCUUUGCAUCAACUUCAUGUAAUUGUCAAUAAAAAGCCUUUGACACUUAUGAAAUGCUUGUAAUUAUACUUCAGUAUUUCGUAGUAACAUCUGACAAAAAUAUCUAAAGACACUGAAGCAGCAAACUUUGUGGAAAUUAAUAUUUGUCUUUCUCCAAACUUUUGGCCACGAUUUGUAUAUUUAGAUCCAUUGUUAGCCGUUUACAGAGUGAACACAUGAAACCACAGUACACAGUGUAUUUAUACACUACAUAUCUGAUGUACUGGACCAAACGGUUGGGAGAACUUCUCUGACUAUUUUUGUGUCUCUCUAACAUAACAUAACAUCUAGUAGUUUGUUUACCACUGAGAAAACAUUCUCAGAUUUUAUAAAAUAAUCUCCGUUCUGUACUAUCGACAUGAAGUUCCUCCCAUUUCUAACCACCACACAUUCCAAAUGUGUUUCAUUUAUCAGUUUGUUGGAGUUGUCUGGAUAACGAACGUGUUUUUAGCCCAAGGUUUUAGUGUGUGAACACAGCAGCAGUGUGUCGCUAUGACUCAACAGUGUGUGAUCAACGUUUACCAGAAAAAACACUUUUCUUUUAAAUUAUUAUUAUUUUUACCCCAGCCAGUCCCAAAUUGCUCUCUACCCCUCUCCCUUGGCCCUAACCCUUUUAGUGUUUGCAGAUCAGAAAGGUCUGGCUAGGUAUAAGCGAUGGUAGAUCUUCCACCGUGUUGCAUACACCUUACAAAUCUGCAGACAUGGAAGUGUUUGUCCAAUGGGGAAAGGUACAAAUCUGCAGACAUGGAAGUGUUUGUCCAAUGGGGAAAGGUACAAAUCGUGACCGUCUAGUCACAUGUUUUGUUUGGGGUAACAGGGUCACGCUCGUUAGGGAGCGAAGAAGAGAAACACAUCCUUGAUAGUGCCUUCAUCAUGUCAUUAUUAGUGUUAACCAAAUUACACCCUAUUCCCUGUUUAGUUGACUACUGCUCACCACUGCCCCAUAGGGCCCUGAUAAAAAGUAGUGCACUACAUAGGGACUAGGGGGCUAUUUGGGAUGUAUAUUUAUACAAGACUCCUAAGCCACUUUUUGAUAUCCCAUGUCAUUUUUCCCCUUCACUUUUUCUCUCCUGAAUGUGUUGUGCUCGUUCAUUUGACACAAUUAUCUGUUCAACUGCCAAUAUAUUUUUUUUCAUUUUUUUUUCCAUAUGAAUUUGUUAUUGUAAACAACCUAAAACAUUUGAAAUAAAUACUUAAACUGUU